GACAAAUCAAAUCCCUUUCUAUAGAUAAAGUGACUUUAUUCUCUGUAUUGCAAAUGGCGACCUUUGACUUAACAGAUCAAAUUGCUCCCUUCCCUGAUGAGAUUAGCAGUGCCGAUUUCGACUCUGAUUUCGUCUGGGGUGCUGCUACCUCUGCAUAUCAGAUUGAAGGUGCUGCUUGUGAAGGUGGUAAGGGCCCCAGCAUUUGGGAUGUUUUCUGCCUCACAGAUCCAGGCCGCAUUGUUGGUGGAGAUAAUGGAAACAUUGCUGUUAAUUCUUACUAUAAAACAAAGGAGGAUGUACAAACCAUGAAAAAAAUGGGUCUGCAAGCCUACCGGUUCUCACUUUCAUGGAGUAGAAUUUUACCAGGAGGAAAACUGAAAUUGGGUAUCAACCAAGAAGGGGUUGACUACUACAAUAAUCUAAUCAACGAGCUUCUAGCCAAUGACAUUGAGCCAUAUGUCACGUUGUGGCACUGGGACACUCCCAAUGUCUUGGAAGCUGAAUACGGCGGUUUCUUAUGCGAAAAAAUUGUAUAUGAUUUCGUAAACUAUGUUGAAUUUUGCUUUUGGGAGUUUGGUGAUCGGGUCAAACACUGGACCACGUUGAACGAACCACAUUCUUAUGUUGAGAAAGGAUACACGACGGGUAAGUUUGCACCUGGCAGGGGAGGUGAAGGUAUGCCCGGGAAUCCUGGCACCGAGCCUUAUAUUGUGGGACACUACCUACUUCUUUCACAUGCAAAAGCUGUUGAUUUAUAUCGUCGAAGAUUUCAAGCAAGUCAAGGGGGUACAAUAGGAAUUACACUCAAUACGAAGUUUUACGAGCCGCUUAAUUCAGAACUCCAAGAUGACAUAGAUGCAGCCCUCAGAGCCAUAGAUUUCAUGCUUGGAUGGUUCAUGGAACCGUUGUUUAGCGGUAAAUACCCGGAUACCAUGAUCGAAAAUGUCACUGAUGACCGAUUACCUACAUUUACAAAAGAGCAAUCAGAAUUAGUUAAGGGAUCAUAUGAUUUUCUCGGGUUGAAUUAUUAUGCUUCUCAAUACGCCACUACCGCACCAGAAACAAACGUUGUUUCACUUCUCACAGACAGCAAGGUUCUUGAGCAACCAGACAAUAUGAAUGGAAUACCUAUUGGAAUAAAAGCUGGUCUCGACUGGCUUUAUUCAUACCCACCUGGAUUUUACAAACUGCUCGUGUAUAUAAAAGAUACUUAUGGAGAUCCAUUAAUUUACAUAACUGAAAAUGGAUGGGUUGAUAAAACAGAUAAUACAAAAACAGUUGAAGAAGCUCGUGUUGAUCUUGAACGGAUGGAUUAUCACAAUAAACAUCUUCAAAAUCUCCGUUAUGCAAUCAGUGCUGGUGUUAGAGUGAAGGGAUACUUUGUUUGGUCACUGAUGGAUAACUUUGAAUGGGAUGAAGGUUAUUCUGCUCGUUUCGGUCUAAUAUAUAUAGAUUUUAAGGGCGGAAAAUAUACAAGGUACCCGAAAAACUCCGCGAUAUGGUACAAACACUUUCUCGGUUAUAGCAAUAAACAAAAGACCGAAAAGAAAAAGAAUCUUGCCCGUGAACGAACAUGUAAAUCGUCAGAGAAAACAACAAAAUUCGAGUUGGAGCUCGAGAACAACUGUUACUGCUUGGAUCUGCUUUCGUUUCUGCUGCCAAGGAUUAAUAUGAAAGUUAAUUACAAAUUUGGUGGGGUAAAGUUGAAGGAUGAACAAAGGUGAGUAUAGUAGGGGAGGGGCUGCAGCUCACAUUUCAGAUUCUUGGAGGUUACUGGAACAUUGGCUGAAGUUGGAGGGUAAAAGUGAAAAAUGUAUAAAAGGUUUGUUGAAUUUAUAGAGGGUGAUGAACUGAUGAUUGCUUAAUUUGUUUAGUAAUUAUGUGUUUUAAAUUCCAUUUGUAAAGAAUAAAACAUAAUAAAUGUUACUGAUAAAUAAAUCAUAGCUAUGUGCUAA